AUCUAUUCCGCAAAAGGAGGUGGAUAUACGUCAAAUCUAGCCUCUAAUACUCACAUUAUGUAAGUAGGCUAAUACCCUACUUCAGAUAGAUGUAUACAAGUCAAAUAAGCAAAUAAAUGAGGAAAUAAUCCCACCUACUCAUCGUCUCAUAAAUGGGGAAACAAAUAAGCUGCUUGGGGCAUUUUUUGGUGGUGAGCGAGCUGUGAUAAAUACUCAUUCCAACGGCCCAAGAACAGUGAGAUGAAAUGAGUAUGUGGCCAGUGAAUUGAUGUAGGGAAGUAGAUACCAGUCUUUCAAACUAAUGAAUGUGCAACCUCUAUUUAAUAGCAGCCUCACACCACGAGUAGUCACACUACUUGCAUUCUAUUCCUUCCAUCACUAACACCAUGCUUAUUCCUCAACAAGCUGUGUAUCUGUACUACGGCAACUGGACCUUGGAGAUCGAUGAGAUUGUACUAAACAUGAUCAUCAAGCUGAAAAGGGAGACCCAAUGGAAGUUAGAUGAGUUUCCAUCUUCGUUCAUACUGAUGGCGCAGCACGCAGUGAAGACUAAAACAAAAAUUUUGCUGACCGAGGUGGACAUCAAACAACGGCUCAACUUCCUGAAGCAGAGGUACACCACCUUCAAGGCGGUUGUGGGUUACAAAGGCGCAUCGUAUGACGUGGAGGCUAAGUUUGUGCGUGCGCCUGAUGAGAUAUGGGAGGAAAUUCUGAAGAAAACUCCAUUUGCGGCAGCGUACUACCACCGAGAUGAUCCCCACUUCCCGCAGUUGGCAUGCUUGUACGGAAUGGACGACGUCAAGAAGGAAAGAGAAGUUUAUGUGAUAGUGCUUUCUGACUGCACCGAGGAGAUCCCUACUGAUGAACCGAGCUGUUACGAGGUGAGUGGAUUCGAAGUAGAGGUGAACUCGCCAGACAUUGGCCCGGAUGGGAGGCUGGUAACUCGCCUUGAGACAGGCCAGGUUUUGCCAAAGCCAGUUGCAGCGAAGACAGAACAAGCUGGUCCCUCUACUCGAUCCCCCAAUGCGAGUUCCGUUGCGUCAAACUCGCCUCUCCGUUGGUGGACACACAAUAUCAGGCGUCCCAAUUUCUAACUAAGUCAUAUAGUGAUGACUAGGUCCUAAACUCUGCUAUGCUAGAAUAUAUAGCAAUGCCAUGGAAUUGCAUCUCAUUUUGUCGGACCUACGUUUUGGAAGGUGGACAAAAAUCCAUAGUAUUGUAAUAGGUAGAGCACUGUGUUUUGGUUUGAUGUACGGAGUCGUCCCUCGACUGUUGGUCUGUUUAUGAACUAAAAAUAUGCAUAUUAGGUGAUGUUUAUGUAUGCACUUGAUGAUGGCAGCUGCUCUGUUAUAGAUGUAGCAACAUACACUCACAUUUUUACA